AUGUCAGUUGAAUCGUUGCGCUCGCUAGAGCAGGUGCGUCAGCGCCUGAAUACGCUUGCCAACACCAUCGGCAAACUGUUGCACGAUCUAGACACCAACGACCCGCUUCCCUCGUGGUAUGCGACAAAGCCAUCUUCUUACCCAUCCAACUGCUCACUAAUGCCCAAGCCCUUGAACACAGGNCCUUCACUGCAGAACUCUGCAAACCUGCUCUAUCACAAUCUCGACUCACUGAACAAGAUCAUUGCUGGUGCUCAGCCGCUCCUCGCAAACGCCCACGUCUACCCACUACCAUCGUACCCAGGCCGCACUCAGGAAGACUUGCUUACCCAACUCUUGCGCAANAAGUUACAACCACAAGUCGAAGACUGGAUCGCCAAUGGAGAGCGACAUGCUGCAAACAGUGGUAUCGAUUCAUCCCAGUCCAACGGCUCCUCUACGGACCGCGCUCUCCCCGAAUCGUCCAUGAACACAGCUCAGUUGACCGAUCUCUGGGAAUGGGCCGGUCGUGAAGGCAAUAGAAUUGCUCGCGACAUGGGUGCUGAUUCCUUCGACGACGUCUUUACUCUCGAAGAACACGAACUUGGCAUUGAGAAUGUCGUUACUGGUCUGCGUCGCAAGCUGUGGGACAGCGACGAUGAGGACGAGGACGAUGAAGGCGGAGCACAAGGCAAGAAGCAAGAAGACAAACAGCUCGAUAUGGAUGUGGAUAUGGUAGACACCAUCCCCGAGCCUGUCAAAAGACUACAACGACACAACGUCGACCCUUCCAAACCGCCAAUGAGCAUCGAACACAUCUUGAGAUUCGCUCUGACUGCCAGAGAGCCCCCGAACGUCGUGUAA